AUGACGUCGGCCGUCAAGCGGGCGUGCGACGCCUGUCACCGGCGCAAGGUCAAGUGCGAUGGCAUCAACCCGUGCCGCAACUGCUCGACCGCCCAGCUCUCGUGCACCUACAACGCCAUUCCCCAGAAGAAGGGCCCCAAGGGUUCGCGCGCCAAGAUCAUCAGCGAGCUGCGCGAGAACCAGCGCCAGACGAGCCUCGCCGCCAAGGUCCACAACCGCAUCAACGGCGCCGCCGGCACGCCUCCCGACCCGAGCUCAGCGCCCACGCUCGGCAUGCUGACCAGCGACAUGGUCAAGGAAUGCCUCACCUUCUUCUUCGACAACAUGAACGCCCAGGCGCCCAUCCUCGACCGGGCGCUCAUUGAGCAGCAGGUUCUCUACAUGGAGCAGAACCGCGACGCCUACUGCCUGAUGGCUUCCAUGUGUGCCUUUGUCCUGCUGCAGCCCGGCAUGUCCAUGCCCUCCGGAGAGCCCUACAAUCUCGAGUUGGUCCCCGGCGCCAACAUUGUUGCCUCUCAGCUCCUGGCCGAAGAGGCUCUGCGAGUCCGCAAGGGAUACGACUACCUGGACCAGAUCACCCUCAACGCCCUGGCGACCAACUACUUCCUCUUCGGCUGCUGCUACGCCCAGGAGAUGCACGAAAAGGCCUGGUUCUACCUCCGCGAGGCCACCACCAUGAUCCAGAUGGCCGGCAUGAACAUGGACAGUUACUACCAGCGCUUCGAUGUGGCCGAGUCCGCUCGUCUGCGCCGGAUGUACUGGCUGUUCUUUGUCAUUGAGAGGGCAUAUGCCAUCCAGCGACAACGUCCCCUUACUCUCCAGGCCACCAUCAGUCUCCCUAGUCCUGGAGAUGACCCCCAUGACCCCCUGGCCCAUCAGCUCAGCGGCUUCAUUCACCUGGUGAACCUGUUCCAGCCCUUUGACGACGCCUUUACCAACGCCUGGAACAAGACCCGUGGCCACCUGUCGCCCCAGUACAUUAGCAAGCUCCAGAAGGAGCACAACGAGCUGGCUCAGGCCUACCUCUGCCGCGAUCCGUCCUGGGACAAUGUGGCCACGAAUCAGGAGUGGCUGAAGAACACCGUGUGGCAGCUGACCAACAGGGUCGUGGGCAACAACGCCGAGCAGCCCUUUACCUUCCAGCACCCCGUCAACAUGUCGAGGGAGAUGCUCAUGAACAUGGCCUCGCAUUUCCCCGGCCAGGGCAUGGAGCUCCUCAAGUCUGGGCUUAUCGAGAAACUCAUCGAGUGUGCCUAUUCCAUGACCGAGUACCUCGGCAUGCAGGCGCCUUCUCGGGACCCCUUCGCCGUGGGACCCCAGCAGUACCUGGCUCAGAUCAUCGCCAUCGUAGCCGCCGCAAGGGGUGACGACUACCGCUUCCUGCCCCUCCUUAUGAGCAAAGUCAGCGAGAUCCUCCCCCGCCUGGUGGACCCCAUGCUCCGCGACGCCCCCGAGACGGUCACCAUGGCCAAUCUCGACAUCUUUGACGGCUUUGGCAACGCCGGCAUGGCCCAGCCGCCCCAGAUGCCGCUGAUGGACACCGACUUUGACCGCAAGUACUCUGUCGAGGAGUACGACAAGAAGUUCGCCAUGGACAUGAGCGGCGGCAUGGACCCUCACGGCAACCCGAGCUCGGCGCCGCCGCAAGUCGCCCGCCAGCCCUCGGAGAUGGCCGCGUCCUUUGUCAGCUCCCCGCCGAUGAUGUCUCCCACCCUGGAGUAUCCCCACGGCAUGAAUGGCUAUGCCUGCACGCCCAUGUCUGGGAUGGUCAUGAGUCCGAUGGGCAACCAACCGCAUCAGCACAUGGGUCAACCGUCGCCCAACCAUUGUCCUGACCCCAUGGGCCAGCAGCACAUGAACAUGGUGACGCCGCCCAGCAUGGCUUCACCGCAGAGCAUGGUGUCGCCCAACCUGGCGUCGCCACAGCACAUGGGCGCCGGGCAGAAUAUGCGGCCAGCCAUGCAGCCGAAUCUUCACAUGGGCAACAUGGUUAAUAUGCGACAGCCUGCGCAGCGGCAGGGGAGCUUUGCCAUGCAGGGACAGCCACAGCAGCAGCACUUUCACAACAUGAAUGCGAUGACGGGCGAGCUGAACUUCAACACACUACGGUAG